ACUAAACUGAAAGUUAACUCAAACGACGGCGUAUGGUUCGUCAAAGCGCAAAAAGUCUAGAGUUAUCUGGAAUCUCCCAGCAAGACGCUUCAAUACUCGAAAGUUCAAAAAUCCAAGGGUUUUGAUUCGACUCUGAUCGAAAUGGCGGUGAUCGAAGAAGAACCUUCCGCUGAAACCGAUCUCAAAUCACAACCUAAUUCAACGGCGGCGGCGGCGGGGUAUACUUCCGAUGGCUACGAAACCGCCAGUGAUACGGAGCUGAACGACGCCGUUCUAGAAUCCGACAAUCACCGCCAUAAUAGUAAUGAUAAUGAUGCUGUUAAUAAGGAUAACGUCGUUAGUUCUAAAAAUGGCGAUGAUGAGGUGAGCCGUGAGGUGAAGGAAGAAGAACAGCAAGAGAAGACCGAAACCGUCGAUACAGAAGCCAAUGAGAAAGCCAUAGCACGAGCUAAUGAUGCGAAACUCGAAGGAAAUUCCUUGUUUAAAGACGGACUGUAUGAGGAGGCAUUGACAAAGUAUGAGCUCGCAAUACAAACUGUCCCGAAUGAUCCUUCAUCUAGUGAACUGCAAUCGAUAUGUCACGCAAAUAGAGCUGCUUGUUUCUCCAAACUGGGGAAAUAUGAGGAGACAGUAAAAGAGUGUACAAAGGCAUUAGAGCUGAAUCCUACAUACUUGAAAGCUCUUUUAAGAAGAGCAGAGGCACGCGAAAAGCUAGAACAAUAUGACGAGUCGAUUGCUGAUUUGACUAAAAUCGUAGAAUUGGAUCCAUCAAACGACCAGGCUAGGAGAAGUGUAAUCCGUUUAAAGCCGUUGGCUGAUGAAAAGCGUGAAAAGAUGAAAGAAGAGAUGAUGGGGAAACUGAAAGAGAUGGGGAAUUCCAUUCUGGGUCGCUUUGGAAUGAGCGUCGACAACUUUAAAGCUGUCAAAGAUCCAAAUACUGGCUCUUAUUCUGUUCAAUUUCAACGUUAGAUGUGCUUGCUUUUUCUUUCAUCGUAAGAACAUAUAUUUGUUCCAAAGGAGAACGUUAGAUAAGUAAUAUAGCUAAUAGCUCUUGAAAAGUGCUGCCAAGCGGGAUUGCUUGUUCUGAUUAUUUUUGUUCCAAGUCUUCUCGUUUUGAUCAUGCAAUUGUGACGCGCUGUAUUUUUUGUGCAUAAUAAUACAGAGUCCUGUGAUUGACUUUUUACGUUGCUU